AUGGGCAUUGACCGUCUUACACGCAUGCUUGAUCUCGUGGAGUCUAUCUACUCAGAAAAGAAGGAGUUCACCACAGAGGAGGCAGCUGAGGCUGUAGGACUCUCGUUGGAAGAGUUCCAGGCCAAGUACUUGAGCCGCUUCCCAGUGAGCUACGAAAAGCUUAGUCUCUACAAAAGAAGCAGACACGUUUACUCUGAUUCGUUGAGAGUGCUUCAAACCAUUUCCCUUGCUCGCCACUUUGAUGGUAAUUCGGAAAAGUACCUCGAAGAAUUUGGUAAAUUGAUGGACGAGUCGCAGGUCUCUACCAGAGAGUACAACAAUGCGUCUGCUCCAGGCUGCGAUGCCCUUUGUGAGUUGGGUCGUGCUAACGGAACUUACGGCUCCAGAGUCACUGGUGCUGGUUUCGGAGGCUCUGUUGUUCACUUGACUACAGUAGACCGUUUGCCUAAAGUAAUUGAGGCCAUCAAGGAGAAGUACUACAAAAAGCAAUUCCCAGGAAUUAGUGAGGAAGAGUUGAGCUCUGCCAUUGUUGUUUCCAAGCCUGCCCAAGGCGCAUGUAUAGUCAAAAGUCUUUAA